GGGGCCCGGGCCUCCCGCUCCUCCUCCUCCUCCUCCCCUGCCGCCGCCGCCGCCUCCGACCCCGUCAGCCUCAGCCGCGCAGCCAGCUCCAGCGAGGAGGAAGAGGAGGGCCCGCAGGGCCGAACUCGGAGCCCAGCUUACCUCGGCGGCCACUCUUCAGGCAGUGACGAGGACCGAGACGGUGAGGACGGCCACCGCUGGGGAGGGCGACGAGGGCCAAGGACUGGAAGCACGCGCUCGGGGCCAGACCGUGAUGGGUUAAGUCUGGGCAGCAUAGACCCUCCCCCGGCAGCCGGGAGCCCCGAGCCCCUCACCUCUCCAAGAUCCCAUAGCGAGGAGGGAUCCAGCGAGUGGGGUACGGACUCGCCCUCCUGCGUCCCAGGCCCCCAGGAGGGGCUCCGGCCCACCUCUGACCCUGUGGGGGGAGCUUUCCGAGUGGCCAAGAUAAGCUUUCCCGCCCACCUGGCCAGCCCCACCGGCUCCCGGGGCAGCAGUCGUUAUUCAAGCACGGAGACCCUCAAGGAUGAGGACCUGUGGUCUACCAGAGGUUCUGGGGGCUGGGGAGUGUACCGUUCCCCCAGCUUUGGAGCUGGGGAAGGGCUCCUUCUGCGGCCCCAGACUCGCACUCGUGCCAAGGGCCCCGUGGGCACCACGAAGGCUUUGAGGGACGGCGGCCUGGAGCUGGACAAGACCCGGCAGCGGAAGUCCCUGUCAAACCCAGAUAUCGCCUCAGAGACCCUGACGCUGCUCAGUUUCCUGCGCUCAGACCUUUCAGAGCUAAGGAUCCGCAAGGCUGGCCAGCGACCCGGGGACGCUGAGAGCGACCCCCUGGGUGGCAGGGACUCGCCAGCAGCAGGCAGCCCAGUGGGGCAGCCUGGGCCCCUGCCUGCCCCAGCCCCUGCCUCACCUGGUACCCGCCCCUCGCUCAAGGACUUGACGGCCACCCUGCGCAGGGCAAAGUCAUUUACCUGCUCAGAGAAGCCCAUGUCCUGCCGCCUGCCCCGCGCUGGCCACCUGAAGCUCAGCACCUCUGAGCUCCUGCUGGCAGGCCCUGGCGCCCAAGAGGAGCCCCUGCCCCUCAUUGUCCAGGACCAGUAUGUACAGGAAGCACGGCAGGUGUUCGAGAAGAUCCAACGCAUGGGUGCCCAACAGGACGAUGGAAGCGAUGUCCCUGCUGGGACCCUAGCCUGGGCAGGGGACCUGACUAGGGGCCAGCGGUCCCAGGAGGAGCUCUCGGCCCCCGAGUCCAGCCUGACAGAUGAGGGCAUUGGGACGGACCCUGAGCCUCAGGUUUCAGCCUUUUGCAGCCUAGGCUCUGGAGGUGUGUGGCGGCCCCUUUCCUCAUCCUCUGCCCAGACCAACCACCAUGGCCCUGGGGCAGAGGACAGUCUGGGUGGGUGGGGCCUGGUGUCCCCUGAGGCUCCUCCCACUCCAGGGACCCUCCGCAGGCGCCGCAAAGGCCCCCCUUCAGGCCCCGGUGGGACUGAACUGAACAAUGGAGAGGUGGGCGAGGCUUACAGGUCUCUGAGUGACCCAAUUCCGCAGCGCCACCGAACUGCCACCUCUGAGGAGCCCUCUGGGUUCUCUGUGGACAGCAACCUCUUGGGCUCCCUGAGCCCCAAGUCAGGACUGCCAGCAGCCUUGGCUGUGGAUGAGGGUCUGACCAGCAGCCACAGUGACUGGUCUGUGGGCAGUGAAGAGAGCAAGGGGUACCAGGACGUUAUUGAGAGCAUUGCCCAGGAGUCUGUCCCCUUUGGGCGUGCGGUGGAUGACAGGACAGCUGGCAAAGCCCCCAAGAAGAAAUCUCUGAGUGACCCCAGCCGCCGUGGAGAGCUGGCUGGGCCUGGAUUUGAGGGUCCUGGAGGGGAGCCCAUCCGAGAGGUGGAGCCUGGGCUGCCACCAUCCAGCAGUGAGCCCCUCCUUGCAGAGCAGCGAACAGAGCCCCAAGAAGCCAGUCCUGCCAGGGGCCGAGCCCAGUCUGAGAAGGCCCUGCCUGAGGCCCCCCAUGCUCCCUCCACGGGCCACUGUGGCUUCCACCUUGACCCUAAGCUGGCUGAUGUUCUGACUUCACGGAUCAUCCACCGAGGCACCAAGAAGCGCCCAGCCCGGAGCAGUCACCAGGAGCUGCGGAGAGAGGAGGGCAACUUGGACCAGACGGGCAGCUUGUCUCGGGGCCGGCCCUCCUCCAAGCAUGUUCGCCAUGCCAGUGUGCCCGCCACCUUCAUGCCUAUUGUGGUACCUGAGCCACCCACUUCUGCUGGCCCCCCUGUGGCGGUGCCAGAGCCCGUGGGCUUUCCUGCACGAGCUCACCCCACAGUGCAGGCCCCGUCGCUUGAGGACGUCACCAAGCAGUACAUGCUGAACCUCCAUUCCAGCGAGGUCCCUGCCCCAGGGCCUGCCGAUGGGCCCUGCUUGGCUCCCCAUGGACCACCCUCUGCAGAGGCCAAGCCCCCUGAGGCUGCCCGGCCUCCUCCGGAGCCUGCCCCAGCCAGCAAGUGCUGCAGCAAGCCACAAGUGGACAUGCGGAAGCAUGUGACGAUGACCCUGCUGGACACGGAACAGUCCUAUGUGGAGUCGCUACGAACCCUGAUGCAGGGCUACAUGCAGCCACUGAAGCAGCCGGAGAACUCCCUGCUGUGUGACCCCUCGCUGGUAGACGAGAUCUUUGACCAGAUCCCUGAGCUCCUGCAGCACCACGAGCAGUUCCUGGAGCAGGUGCGGCACUGUGUGCAGACCUGGCACGCCCAGCAGAAGGUGGGAGACCUGCUCGUGCAGUCGUUCUCCAAGGACGUUCUGGUUGACAUCUACUCGGCCUACAUCGAUAACUUCCUCAGUGCCAAGGACGCGGUGCGCAUGGCCAAGGAGGCGAAGCCUGCCUUCCUCAAGUUCCUGGAGCAAAGCAUGCGAGAGAACAAGGAGAAGCAGGCGCUGUCGGACCUCAUGAUCAAGCCCGUGCAGCGGAUCCCACGCUACGAACUGCUGGUGAAGGACCUCCUGAAACACACGCCCGAGGACCACCCCGACCACCCGCUCCUGCUGGAUGCGCAGCGGAACAUCAAGCAGGUGGCCGAGCGCAUCAACCAGGGCGUGCGGAGCGCUGAGGAGGCGGAGCGGCACGCGCGGGUGCUGCAGGAGAUCGAGGCGCACAUCGAGGGCAUGGAGGAUCUCCAGGUCCCUCUGCGGCGGUUCCUGAGGCAGGAGAUGGUCAUCGAAGUGAAAGCGGUCGGUGGCAAGAAGGACCGGUCCCUCUUCCUGUUCACGGACCUCAUCGUCUGCACCACCCUGAAGCGCAAGUCGGGCUCCCUGCGCCGCAGCUCCAUGAGCCUGUACACGGCAGCCAGCGUCAUCGACACGGCGAGCAAGUACAAGCUGCUGUGGAAGCUGCCCCUGGAAGACGCGGACAUCGUCAAAGGGGCCUCCCAAGCCACCAACCGGGAGAACAUCCAGAGGGCCAUCAGCCGCCUGGACGAGGACCUGAGCACCCUGGGCCAGAUGAGUAAGCUCUCGGAGACCAUCGGCUUCCCUCACCAGAGCGUGGACGACGCGCUGCGGGACCUCUCGGCCGCUGUGCACCGGGACCUGUCGGAGAAGCAGGCACAGUGCUACACGCUCUCCUUCCCGCCCACCAAGCUGGAGCUGUGCACCACGCGGCCCGAGGGCACCGACUCCUUCAUCUUCGAGUUCCCGCACCCCGACGCCCGGCUGGGCUUUGAGCAGGCCUUCGAUGAGGCCAAGAGGAAGCUGGCAUCCAGCAAAAGCUGCCUCGACCCCGAGUUCCUGAAGGCCAUCCCCAUCAUGAAGACCCGCAGUGGCAUGCAGUUCUCCUGUGCAGCCCCCACCCUGAGCAGCUGCCUGGAGCCAGCGCCCGAGGUGUGGGUGUGCAACAGCGACGGCUACGUGGGUCAGGUGUGCCUGCUGAGCCUGCGGGCCGAGCCGGAUGUGGAGGCCUGCAUCGCCGUCUGCUCCGCCCGUAUCCUCUGCAUUGGGGCAGUGCCCGGCCUGCAGCGCCGCUGCACCCGGGAACGACCUCCCUCGCUGAGGAGCCCUCCUGAGACAGGCCCGGAGCCUGCAGGGCCAGAGCUGGACCCCGAGGCCACCGCAGGCGAGGAGGCCGCCACACUGACUGAGCCGGGGACCCAGCCCUGCCUGCACAUCUCCAUCUCAGGCUCAGGCCUGGAGAUGGCGCCAGGCCCUACGCGGGGUGACCCGCGCCCAGAUCUGGUGCCUUUUGACAGCGACUCGGAUGACGAGUCUUCGCCCAGCCCCUCGGGGACCCUGCAGAGCCAGGCCAGCCGCUCCACCAUCUCCUCCAGCUUUGGCAACGAGGAGACACCGAGCUCCAAGGAGGCCACGGUGGAGACGACCAGCUCGGAGGAGGAGCAGGAGCCUGGAUUCCCGCCGCUAUCCAGCUCUUUCGGGCCUGGUGGGCCCUGUGGCGCCAGCCCCAUGGAUGGGCGGGCCCUUCGCCGCUCCAGCCGGGGCUCCUUCACCCGGGGCAGCCUAGAGGACCUGCUGAGCCUGAGUUACCCUGAGGCCUACCAGAGCUCCGUGUGGCUGGGCACUGAGGAUGGCUGCGUGCAUGUGUACCAGUCCUCCGACAGCAUCCGGGAUCGCAGGAACAGCAUGAAGCUCCAGCACGCAGCCUCAGUGACCUGCAUCCUGUAUCUGAAUAAUCAGGUGUUUGUGUCUCUAGCCAAUGGAGAACUUGUCGUCUACCAGAGGGAGGCAGGUCGUUUCUGGGACCCUCAGAACUCCAAAUCCAGGACGCUGGAUGCCCAGGGGAGCCCCAUCACCAAGAUGGUGUCUGUGGGUGAGCGGCUGUGGUGCAGCUGCCAGAACCAGGUCCUGGUGCUGAACCCCGACACGCUGCAACUGGAGCACACGUUUUACGUGGGACAGGACUCCAGCCGCAGCGUGGCCUGCAUGGUGGACUCCAGCCUGGGCGUGUGGGUGACGCUGAAGGGCAGUGCCCAUGUGUGCCUUUACCACCCGGACACCUUUGAGCAGCUGGCAGAGGUGGACGUCACGCCUCCUGUGCACAGGAUGCUGGCAGCCUCUGACGCCAUCAUCCGGCAGCACAAGGCAGCCUGCCUGCGGAUCACCGCACUGCUGGUGUGCGAGGAGCUGCUGUGGGUGGGCACCAGCGCCGGCGUCGUGCUCACCAUGCCCACCUCACCCAGCACCGUCAGCUGCCCACGGGCGCCCCUCAGCCCCGCCGGCCUCGGCCAGGGACACACCGGCCACGUCCGUUUCUUGGCUGCCGUCCAGCUGCCAGACGGCUUCAACGUGCUCUGCCCAACCCCACCACCUCCCCAAGACACAGGCCCUGAGAAGCUGCCCUCACUGGAGCACCAAGACUCCCCCCGACACCGGGGCCCCGCCUCAGCCAGGCCGAAAAUGCUGGUGAUCAGUGGCGGUGAUGGCUACGAGGACUUCCGCCUCAGCAGUGGGGGCAGCAGCAGCAGUGAGACCGUGGGCCGAGAGGACAGCACAAACCACCUCCUCCUAUGGAGGGUGUGACCCUGUGCGCCGGGGCCCAGGACUCACCCGUCCACUCGCCCGGCCCACUUGCCCCUUCUUAGCCCCCACACGGCCUCUGAGCAAGAGCACCUGCCGGGGGUGCAUGGCCCCUCCCCGUCUGCAUGGACGCGUCCUGAUGGACACCGCUGGCCAGCUGGGCUCCGCUGACUGACUGCUCGGGCCACUUGGGGUGCGCAGUCUGGAUGGUGGGGCAUGCAGGCUGCCAGGACCUCUGUCCUAGGAGCUUCUACCAAAGACACGGCCGGGCCUGGCCCCCGGGCGGCUGGGAGGGCCAUGUGCAAUAUUUGGAGGGUAGUCUGGGGCACAGGAGACCGGGGGACGGAAUCCCUUCCCGUGUACAGUAUUUAUGUUCCUUUGUCCCAUGAAUCCAUUCCCAAGCACUUAUUUAUGCAAUGACCUGAGGCAAGGGGUGAUGUGGGGAAAUGACAGGAGAUGGGGCGACCCUAUUCUUAUCCUGGGGCUGCCAACUGGGAUCCUAACAGCCUUCCUGGAGAGACCAACACCUCUCCCUCCCAAUUGCAUCCCCCCCCACACACACACACAUACCCGAAUUCACUGGGGCACCAUCAGGCACUAACCCACUGCCCUUCAGCACCAGGCACGGGGCACAAGGUCCCAGGCUGAGUGGGCUACCCUCCGUUAGGCAGUCAAGGACCAGGGCCCCUCAGUGACCCAAAACAAGGGGGUUGCUGUUGGGGGUAGUGACUCCCAUCUGUGGGGGCGGCCUCCCCAGCCUUGUCAGCACAUCAGCAGUGCCUUCCUGUUGGGGCCUGCUGACGGGCAGCGGCUGGCUCUUCGAGUGGCCGGUGCUGCCCCGUAGGAGGGACGAGCCCUCUGGCUCGCUCUCCUGUAGUGCCCCCUACCCCCACCCCCUGCCGCCUCGUGUCUUAUGCACUGGUACAUAGGGUCACAGUGGGGGCAGACCUAGAAACCCCUCACUGACCAAUGACCCCCUCUUCCUGCUCCCCCUUCUGCCAGGGGCCUCCCCGUGAAGAAGGAGCCCAGAGCUAAGGGUCGGACAGCUCCUGCCUGAGGGCUUCCUCUCCCUCCCCCUACGAGCCCCUCAGCCCCCCGCUUCUCUAGCUACUACUCCAAAGUUGUGGUUUUUGGGGGGAGGGAGCUGUUCUGUUGCGUUUGAAUUUUUCGUUUGGGGUGGGUGGGUCCCGGGGAAUCAUAGAUUGUGUUUCUCUUGCUACCAAAUAGUCCUGUAUUAACUCUGGGUGUUGACGUUUCAAGAGUCAAUAAAUAGAAACGUCCACGUCCGA